UGACGAGGAAUCCUCUUGACCACCCCAAAAUGAACACACUGGUUGUUUUUUCCGUAUUGGUAGCAUCUUGCUUUGCUGGAUACGACAAGAAAGUCAUUGGUCCAGGAUUAGUGAAGUAUGGAACUUGUCCUUACUAUCCUGACCUUGGUGCCGUAGGCAGGCAAUGCUCUAAUGACUAUCAGUGCCCUAGACAACAAAAGUGCUGUUUCGUGUUUGGAGGUUGGAGAAGAUGUCAAGUUCCCAUCGAAUUUCAAAGAAAUGGAAGAUGCCCUACUUAUACCAAUUCCUUUGGAUCCUAUUGCAACACUGACAGAGAUUGUUAUUAUGGUCAGAAAUGCUGCACUGGUCCAUAUGGAAAUGUCAACACAUGCAAAAAUGUCUAUUAUGCUUUUAAUACACUAGGCGGUAAUUUCCCCUACUCUGGUGGAAAUGUUGUUGGUUCAUUCCCACUCCCUGCUUAUUCCGGGAAUGUUGUUGGACCUUAUUCACCCUUCUUUUACGGAACAGGAGUUGGUAGCGGACCUGUUGGUAGCGGACUCUACGGACCUGGUGUUGCAAGUGGACCAUACGGACCUGGUGUUGUUGGCGGACCCUACGUCGCCCCCGCCACACCUAUUAAAAAAAUCUACUAAAAUCCUUCUGUGUCUUAUUUUUUGACGUUAAUAAAUCAUUUAGCAUCUUA